UUUAUAUCUUAAUAAACAUCACGUUUCAUUUGCAUACCAGUCUUGUCGGGCAAGAUAUAGAAUAAACAGGGUAUAGAUUGUGUGCCGGUGGGCACCAGUCAGUAGUGCGCUCCCGGUACACAGAUCGAGUUGUAUCUAGCGACAUGUCCGAGUUGAAGUACCUCUCAGGCUUCGGUUCGGAGUUCUCUUCGGAGGACCCGAGGAGGCCUGGCUCCCUACCAGAUGGCCAGAACAACCCCCAGCGGUGUCCUUACGGGCUCUACGCGGAACAACUUUCUGGUACCGCCUUCACUGCGCCGCGGCAUGAUAACAAGCGGUCUUGGCUGUACAGAAUUCGCCCCUCAGUCAUUCACAAGCCAUUCAAGAAGUUAAAUGUUGCAAAACAUCUGACACACAAUUGGGAUGAACAGGAGCCUGAUCCGAACCAGUCCCGCUGGCUACCCUUCGACCUUCCAUCACCUAAUGAGAAGGUGGACUUCGUAGCCGGGUUACAUACCGUAUGCGGCGCGGGAGAUGCUCGCUCUCGCCAUGGGAUCGCUAUUCAUGUGUACCUGUGCAAUACGUCAAUGGAUAACAGCGCUUUCUACAGCAGCGAUGGCGAUUUUCUCAUAGUUCCACAACAAGGCUUUUUGAAAAUAACAACCGAAUUUGGAAAAAUGGAAGUGGCGCCUAACGAGAUAGCUGUUAUUCAGCAAGGCAUGAGAUUCGCUGUUCACGUAGAUGGACCUUCCAGGGGUUACAUCCUAGAAGUUUUUGACGGUCACUUCAAGUUACCAGAUUUGGGACCCAUCGGCGCUAACGGCCUUGCCAACCCUCGCGACUUUCUUACUCCCGUGGCCCAUUACGAAGACAUUGAAAUACCUGGCUUCAAAAUCAUCAGUAAAUACCAGGGAUCGCUCUUCGAAGCGGUACAAGACCACUCGCCAUUCGACGUUGUGGCCUGGCACGGUAACUAUGUGCCAUACAAAUACGACCUAAGCAAGUUUAUGGUCAUCAACGCCGUGGCAUACGAUCACUGUGACCCUUCAAUCUUCACGGUGCUGACCUGCCAGUCUACCAAGCCUGGCGUGGCAAUCGCAGACUUCGUGAUAUUCCCGCCGCGCUGGUCUGUGCAAGAGCAUACUUUCAGGCCCCCUUACUACCAUAGGAACUGCAUGAGCGAGUUCAUGGGCCUGAUCCUCGGUUCUUACGAAGCAAAAGAAGGCGGCUUCUUGCCGGGAGGCGCGUCACUACACUCCAUGAUGACGCCACACGGACCUGAUGACAAGUGCUUCCAAGGUGCCUCUAAUGAGGUACUAAAGCCGCAGAAGAUUGCUGUGGGCACUCAAGCGUUUAUGUUCGAGUCUUCCCUAAGCAUGGCCAUCACCAAGUGGGGCGCCGAGACAUGCCAGAAACUGGACGCGAAGUACUAUGAAUGUUGGCAAAAACUGCCUAAGCUGUUUUCUGAUAAAGUUAACAUUUAAUAUUAUUGCUGUUAGUAAUUCACAAAGAAUAAGAAUAUCCUUGUUAUUUUAAUAAACGGUUUUUUUCUA